GGUGGAAAUGCCUAUCAGCCUAAACAUCUCCGCUGUGGACAUAUUGAAGGAAAACAGAGACAGGCCGAAUGUGUAAACUCUAAUUUGCUUGAUUUGAACCCAAGAUAUUGGCUGCAUGAAAUGAUAUUGUUACCUGCUACACUACCGGCACCAAAUCGUUUUGAAAAAAAUUGAUUUUUAACUUACACAUGCUGCAAGGCCAGUUUGUCAUAGAGCACAUUUAUGCAUAUGUAUCAGUCAACCAUGAAACACAGAAUACACAAACUCCACAUGGACUGUGGACCCAAUUUGAAUUAAACCUUUUGCUGUGAGGGAGACAAACUGAUUUCUGCAUGGUGGUACUAAAAAGUGGCCAUACAGUUAAUCAUUUCCAGUCUAUUUUGUUCUCAUAAAUAUAAUCUGAAGCAUAAACUGUAGUUAAGGUUUAUGGCUUUUAAUUCAUGUUUAAUUGUGUGCCCCUUGCAGAGAUUUCAAGUGACUAGGUUUUAUGUUUUGUAAUAUGUGUGGCUUAGUGGGUUCCAAAUAAUAGCUAUGGAUGAUGUCUGUGAAGGACCUGGGAUGAAAGUAAAAGCAGAAGGCAAUGAAGGAUGCUAUAGCUUCAUAGAAGUUUCAUCACCUAAAAAGAAAAAGAAAUGUAAAGGCUAUGGAGAAAACACAGAAAAGGCAAAAAAGCCAAGGUCUGCUUAUCUCUUGUAUUACUUUGAUGUUCAUCAGAGCAUUCAACAAGAAUACCCUCACCUUCCACAGUCUGAAAUUAACAAAAGGAUCAGUGCAAGCUGGAAACAGCUAAACGUUUCAGAAAAAGGAUAUUAUUUGGAGAGAGCCAAACUUGAGAAGGAAGGAAUAGAUCCAGAUACUCUGAUAUCAGGACCUUCAGCUGAUCUACCAGGUUUUAGAAAAAUUCUUCCUCGCUCUAGUUAUGUCCUUAUUCCAAAAAGCUGUCAACCUGAGGAGAGGACAAGCCAGAAAUCAGAACUCUGUUUGGAUCAGGAUGAGGCAGAAACCUCUGCCGCUUCUCAGACUUCAUCUCUUUCACACGAUACUCUGUUUUCUCCAAUUGGACUGGGCAGUGAAGUUGAACUUCCUGAGCAGUGUAUUGCUGUUGAAGGACUGACAGAUGAGGCAGCUGCUGUUCUUAGUCAGUCAGUUGCCCUGCAGCAAAUAUUGUCUCAGUACUCCAAUCCUUCACAGGACAAGUCAGCUGCAGGUUUUGUGUUAGAGCAGGAUACUUUGGAGCUGGUGGGUAACCCAACCUAUGGAGCGUUUGGAGUGGUUAUAGAGGAAUCCGUAAUGGAUGGGUCUGGUUCUGUAAUAUCUGUUCCACCUGGAUCACAGAAUGUCGAUGAAGGGCAUUUAGUGACCAUCAUCCCAAACCAGGAAGCAACAGAAACUGGCUCCACUGCAUCGACAGGGCUGAUAGUCUUACCCAUCAGUAACAAAAUUGAUUCACAUUCUUCUCCUUCAUUUAAACUGUCAAUAAAAUACACCAGAAGAGGAAGAGGAAGCUGUCAGACUCCAGGUUGUUCAUAUACAUAUGUAACUCGACACAAGCCACCUAUAUGUCCUCAGUGUGGAAAGAACCUUGGUGGAAAAUGGGUGUCAAAUGAGAAAAAAGGUCCAGACAAAGCAACUGCAAAAGCCGUAGUCAGCAAUGUUACUUCUACAGACCAGCAUAAAGGUUCCAGUGAAACUAGCAAACCAUCCCUUGAGGCUUCAGAAGCAGUGACUCAGCUCAUUGUUGCUUCAGCAUCGUUUGAGCAGAGAGAAGAACCUUCAUCUGAGUGGGGUGAAGUUCUGUUACCCGAGGUUCAUGGUGUGAAAAGUGCUCCACAGAGAGACAACGGAGCAGUUACAAAACCGUUAGUAAAUACAAACAAACAAGUGAAAAAGGUAUCUUCACAUUCUAAAAAGUCAUCGGCAGGAGUUACAAGGAAUAAAUCAUCAGAUAUACUGCUUUCUUCAACUCCACCAAGAAAACAUUCUAAUAUCUAUAAUUAUGCCAUAUCCAGUGCUAAAACUAAAGGUGGAGCGAAACAUGUAGCACUUGUGCCUAAACGUCCUGUACGAGCCAUUCUUCCUGCUCCUGCUCAGGCAGGGCCAGACCACAACUCUGCUUUUGUUCAAUGGGUAACUGUACAACCAGAAAAAUGGAAGAACACAGAAGUGGUUAAAAAUAAAAGCAAGUCAGUUAAGCAGACUUCGCUGAAGAUGUACGGGCUAAAGCCUAAUACACUUAAACAACUGGGACAUCAGAUCAAACAAACAGAGGAUGAGCAAAGACUUCCCAGUUUGGCUAAUGUAAAUCAAAAUGAAUCGCCAGAAAAAGGAGUGAAGAUUUUGUCUGUUUUGUCCUGCAAACAUAAUCCUCCUACAUCUCUAGAACUUGGAUUAUCAACAGCUCGGGGCAAAGGAAAGUGCAAAAACCCAUCCUGUGAUUUUGUCUACAAAAACAGACACAAACCCCAAGUGUGUCCCACAUGUGGCUGGGAUCUCACCAAAGACAAACAAGGAAAAAAAUCAUCAACUUUUGAGGAACAAGUGGAAGUUCCAAACAUGAUAGACCCUUAUCAACCCUUGAAUGCAGCCCAAAAGGAGAUUCAGCGUCAGUCAACCUUGCAGCUGCUCACAAAGACUGUGCUGAUUCCAGAAAGUGAAGGAGAACUCUCUGAAACAAUGAGCAUGAUACAAGACCUGAACAGCUCACAGGUGACUUUGACUGCUGGCAAUGAAGAAGCUGUUACUGUUGACCAGACAGGCUGGCCCCGCUAUUAUGAGUCUGCUGCAACUGAGUGUGCCCUGUGUAACUUUGCCCUUUUCAAAGGGGGGCAGAGUUCCAUAGCUGGACAAGAAGACUGCUGGUUGUUGACUGAUUCACAAAUACAAACGGCUACAAUUCAGCUGAAGAUCUGUCUGAAUCCACAGUGUCUUGCACUGCAUAGUUUCAACGAUAUUCACUUUGGUCUCUUUAAUGUAGGUAAUAGGCUUUUGAUAAGCUUGGACAUUCUAUUCAGAAUUAGAAAUGAAAUAAAGCUUGGAAGAAACCCAAAGGAAGCUGCUUUGUACAUUCUAGAUACUCUUCAAAGCCAGCCUGUAAAGAAGUUAAAUCAAAGUGAGCUUUGUCAAGUCCAAGAGCUGCUGUACAGUGGAUACUGGGCUUUCGAAUGUCUUACUGUCAGAGACUACAAUGAUAUGAUCUGUGGAGUGUGUGGCAUUGCACCGAAGGUGGAAAUUGCCCAAAGAAAUGUAGAAACUGUUCUCCUUUUGAAAAAUCUUGAGUUCACUUGGCCUGCUUUUGAAACCUCAGAGGAGGUAAAUGUUGAUGACUUCUGGUCAACAAUCGAAAUUGAAGCAAUUGAGCAAGCAGCAUUUCCAUCCAGUAUCCCAAUCACAAAAUUUGAUGCUUCCAUUAUUGCUCCUUUCUUCCCACCUUUAAUGAGAAGUUCUAUUAUUGUAAAUACUGAGAGGCACAAGCAUUCAUGUGAACAAAAUGUAACAGGAAAUAUUGGUGCUUUUGUCAGGUUAAUACAUGAGGGUACCUUAAAACCAUUCCACAUCAACUCGUACAGUGAAAAAGAACUGAGAGAAUUUCUAAAUGCAUGCAAUAUAGAGAGUCAACCAGAAGAUACAAAGGAACAGAUGGGAUUUUCUCUCCUUGCACUCUACGCAUACAUUCAGAAUGGAGUUCUGACUGCAAAACAGCCUCCUUCACAUAUUACUGGAGGCAAGUUAUACAAAAUUUGCCCUCACCAGGUUAUAUGUGGCUCAAAAUAUAUAGUACGAGGAGAAUCGGCUCGAGACCAUGUGGAUUUACUGGUAUCUUCACGCUACUGGCCACCGGUUUAUGUUGUGGACAUUGCAAGACAAGUCGCUGUUAGCACCGAUAUCUGGUAUCCAGAAUUGGCUGCUCAAAUGUGGGGGAAAAACCAGGGAUGCUUCUCGGAUCCCAUGGAUAUGCCAAAGUAUAUGUCAUGCCCUGAGUUGUUGGACCAGCAGUACACCAUGGAUAUGACUGUGGCUGAAAACCCAUUAAUGCACCCUAUCACCAAAUCAACAGCAAGAUGGAUUGUGUCUCCUGAAGAUGACCAGGUAGAUCAUGAGGAGACAGCUUCAGCACAUCACUCCAUGUCUUUAUGUCAUGAAUUGGAACAAUAUGGUGCUGUCGUCCAAGCUAUCAAAGACAGCAAAAUUAACAGUGUACGUCAGCAACCAUUCACCUUUGAUAAUGCAGCUUAUUAUUAUCUCUACAACCGACUCAUUGACUAUUUCACCAGCAAGGAUAUUGUCAACCGUCAAAUAACAGAUAUACUGCAGAGCUGUCAGCCAGGAGAGGUUGUAAUUCGUGAUACUCUUUAUCGGCUGGGUGUAGCCCAGAUAAAAACAGAACUGGAGCCAGAUGAAGAAACAUCUCUAUAGAUGGAGUCCAUUCAAGCCCCUUUUUAAUUUAUACAUAUAUCUGAAUUUUUGGUAAUAGUCCUGCUGUCUCCAAAAGAAACUACAGUUUAAUUAAUGGUAAUGGGGAUAAAUAAAGAGGCAGUAGUGGCUGAGAUUGCAUUAGCUGCUGUGCAGCUGUCCGCACCUAUUACAGACACUAUAGUAUGGAGCAGCUAUUUAUAUGUGAAGUAAGAAAGUUCUUACUGAACUGAUGAUUUGCACAGAUGUUCACUGGAGGCUAACAAGUGAUUGACCCCUCAGUUAUCUUCCAUCAGUAUCAAUAUUUAUAUGAAAUGUAGUUGCCUUUUUGCAGCCAUCCAGUCCUCAAUUAAUUUUGUAUUGUAAUUUAUAUUUUUGCAGAAAAAUGUUGUAUACGUGACAUAAGUAAAGUAAUGCAAUAAAGACCACAAGUGGAUUUUCUGCAUUGGUGGGAAGCAGCCAAGUUGAAAUGUGGCCUAACUUUGAAAGAACAUUGUCAAUGAAUGCAGCAGGGGAAACGUAAGAUGCACCUGGCCAACAGAAAAAUAAAUCUCUGUAGCAAGAAACCUGCACAAAGUUUAAUUUAUUGGAAAACUAAAUGAUUUUUUUAAUGUUCAAAGUCGCCCCCCUUGAAGAGAGGAAGUAUCCAAUUUUGCUGACAUAAUUUGUUUUUUAAUACUUUUUUUUUUCUUUCUUUCUGCCUCCAUGUUUUCUUUGCUUUCACAGCUUUUCUUAUCUUUACGGUGUUAUUGUAAAGCGAGGAUAGUAACAGAACCACCCAUCACACGGAAUCUAACACUGACACUGCACAUCGAUUUAGUUGGUCAGAAGUGCUCUAGAAACCGAAGUCCAAUUGAAAAUAUUUAAAGCACCAUGUGCAACUGUUGGUAUUUUCUGUUUAACAUUCCAUGAUGUAUAACAAUACUGUAUAUAUGGAAGAGUUACAUAUUUCUUUAAUAGAAAUCCAUAUAAUUUUUUUUCACCUUUGAAGGCACCUUUAUGUACUGGAUUAAUUUACCAUACUGUAUGUGAAGUGCUAAUGCUAAACUUUUUGGAAGAAUGCUUGGACCAAUGGCAGUAAGUACUGUGUAGUACUAGUUGUCACUAAAUACUCUUCUUACCCUUCUGCUUUACAAAAGCAUAUGCUGUGCUUUAAAGGUAAAAAUAUAUUCUCAUGUGGAAUUAAAGUCAAGCUGAAUGUUCAAGAGACUUUGAGAUGUUGGUUAAUAUGUUUAACUGAAACUGAAUCAUACUUUCUAUGAAGAGGUGUAGGAAGUCAGUACACUUACUUACUCUGAUGUUCUUUCAUUUAGUUAAAUUCUGAGUAAUAUGGAUUUUGAAUGCUUUCUUCCUACAAAAAACUUGAUAAUCAUGAUAAAUGUACAAGCUAUUUAAAUAACAAAAUCAUCAUACAACAAUAUAUUGAAGAGACUUAGAAUAGUACAGCUAAUGUGUUAUUCCAUUAAUGUUACUUCCAGUUUGGUGGUUCAGUAAGCUUGGAUUUAUGUUCCCUCUUAACUAUUCUAUGAAUAUGCAAGAACAAGUUGAAAAAGUUAAGUUUUACACAGACUAUGCAAUUUAAAUAUUAAAUGACAAUAGUGAGGUGUCAAAGCAAAAAUAAGGCAACACAUUAGACUGAGUACUGCAAACAUGCAUCUGUUGCUCAUUUACAAUUCUGUAACAAGACCUUAACAUACACUUCACUGGGUCUCCAUAACCCUUACAAAGUAUCAGUAAAGUUGUGUCUCUGUGAUGUGACCGAAUAACCAGGCUUCACUACAGAGUGGUCUGAGGGGGCUUAACUGAAACACAUUUCUCUUGAUAUACCAUAUUUAGUAUGAGAGCUGUGAAUCCUUCAUAUUAACAAGUCAUUUUGCCAUCAUGUCAGUAUGCCACACAGCACAAAAGACGAAUAACCCAACUAGUGAUGUUUUAGAAGUAUUAUGAAGACCAAAGGAAGCCUUUAUUAAGGUCUUCUUACAUAAGAGUAAAUGUGUAAUGCAUUUUUGCAGUACCUAAACUAAAGUGUUGCCAAUAAUAGUAAUUAUUUUUAUUUAAAAAUCAAAAGGUUUUUUGAUAAUUUUGCAACAUGAAAACCAUAGUUCUUUUUCUCUUUUAAGUUAUUACAGUUCUAAAAUAUUCAAGUGUCCCCCACCAUGGGUUUAAUAAAUCUUAUCUUGUUAUCUCUAAAGCUGUCAUCUUUAUUGUAACAGCCACUGUAGUGCAGAAUUUAUUCUUGAUUAAAACAUUUUCCUGA